AUGAAUCAAACACCAAGUACAUUACAAAAUAUUACUAUUGAACUCAUUCCACAUGGAGGAAUGACUGUAAAAACUAAACCAUCACCAGUCACUCUUGGUCCUGGUGAUUUUGUCCGUGUUAGUUUAGGAGUUAAAGUUGAUGCUACUACUGUUGGAGUGAUUAGUGGUUAUGUUAAUUAUGAUAUUGCUGAUAAGGGUGUUACAUAUAAUGCAUUAGAUGCUAAUUUAAUAUUAAAUGAAUUAAGAAUUGAAUACUUGGAUCAAAUGAGACCAUGUGAUGUAGAUAUUGAGGUAUAUCAAAAGAAAUGGAUGGAAUACGAAUGGGAAAAUAAAAUUCCUGUUGACACUGAAUGUACUGAUUUAAAAGAAUAUGCAGAUUUAUUAUGUUCUAUUGCCAAAUUACAAUGUAUCACACCAGCAGUAAUGUUUUGUGAUAGUAUUGGAUUUUUAUCUGCCAAUUUCUACUCUAAGAACUUGUUUGAUGAAGAUGCAUUAAUAAACUUAUCUGCAGAAAAAAUAGGAAAUAAAAUCAGUGGAUGGGUUAGAAUCAGAAGUAAAACCCAGUCAUUAGCAAUCAAUUUAGGAGAUCGUAUUGUUGCUAACCAAAAAAGAGUUAAUCCAAAAUAA